AUGUCAACCUCGCCGACCCAGAGCGCCGGCCCACUUGAAAAGCUGAUCCGCCAGCGCAUCCAGGAGCAGUACGCGCCCGUGCAGCUGGAGAUCAAAAACGACAGCACGGAAACGCACUUCCACGUCAGAGUUGUUUCGGACAAGUUUGCCGGCCUCACGCUGUUGAAGCGGCAGCGCGGAAUAUACGAGCUGCUGAAGGAUGAGAUGCAGCGAGAGGGCGGCAUCCAUGCACUGUCGCUGGUUACAAAGACGCCCAAAGAGGUUGGCAUUGUCGACGAGAUUUUGACAGAGCAGGUAUAA